UCUCGCGGUGUUUCACUCUCCUCGCUGCUUAUUUCCAUCACAUACAUAUAACCGACUUUCCGUGUGCUCUGCUCUCAUAUACGCCAUGGACUACAGCAACGAGGCCACGAUUACCGCCGCGGCGCAACCUUACGGCCGCUCCAUGUCGCCGCCGUCGCGCGUGUCGUCGUGCUCGCCGCCCCCUGUAUUCCCGCUGAUGGGCAACGCGCCGUCGUCGCCGCCGACCAUCGUCCUCAGCCCGUGCGCGGCCUGCAAGGUCCUCCGCCGCCGCUGCGCCGACGGCUGCAUGCUGGCGCCCUACUUCCCGCCGACCGAGCCCGCCAAGUUCACCACCGCCCACCGCGUCUUCGGUGCCAGCAACAUCAUCAAGCUCCUCCAGGAUUUGCCGGAGAGCUCGCGGGCAGACGCGGUGAGCAGCAUGGUGUACGAGGCGGAGGCGCGGCUGCGGGACCCGGUGUACGGGUGCGCCGGGGCUGUGUGCCGGCUGCAGAAGGAGGCCAACGAGCUCAAGGUGGACCUGGCGCGGGCGCAGGCCGACCUCCUCAGCAUCCAGACACAACACGCCAACCUCCUCGCCCUCGUCUGCGUCGAGUUUGCUGCCAACCACCGAGGCGAUCAGCAGCUGCACCAGCCACCGCCACUGGGCGACCAGCUGAACGGCAUCGGUGGUAGCGGCGGCGGCGCCAUGUACCAACCGCUAUACGACUCGGACUUCGACUCCGGGGCGUGGGAAGAGGCCCGGCAGCUCUGGACCUGAGCAUGCCGGCUACGGCGCUUAAUCACUAGAAGUACACGUUGUACUAUACAUAUUAGUACGUAAAUACAAAAUACUAGUGUUGUACACUAGAUGUUCAACGGCAAUGACUUCGUCUUCGGUGAGCUAUCUUGGAUCUAAAUAUCAGUGAUGAAGCCGUGUCGAGUUCGCGUAAGAAGGUGAUCCGUUAUUUUUUCUUUUGGUGUCUAUUACGAUGAUGCCGGAGGCAAUGUAAAGGGCGAUGGUGUCAAACUACAGGAUU